AUGGGGGAGUUCUUAGCUUUGCUGGUUCUGUCGGGGCUUCUCCAACAUUUGCUGCCCAAUGGCUCCUGCAUGGAGUUUGACCUAGAUGGAAAGUAUUUGCUGGGUGGACUUUUUGAUGUUCAUACUACCAUCACAUACGGUGUUCAUGAUCUGCCUUUCGAAUUGGAUUGUUCAAAACAGCCCUUUACACUGGCAAGUUAUCGAAGGCUCCAGGUGAUGAGGUUUGCAGUAGAGGAGAUCAAUAACUCUACCCUCAUCCUGCCCAAUCAGUCACUUGGUUAUGAAAUAUUCGACUUUUGCUCAAAUGUCCUCAACCUUCCAACUGUCUUGAGUCUCAUGUCCAGUAAUGGAUCCAUAGAAGUCAAGGAUGAAUAUGUUGACUACCUCUCCAAAGUAAUAGGAAUCAUCGGUCCAUACAGAAGUGAAGAUACCAUGACUAUUGCUCCUUUAUUCAUGAUGCACCUCAUUCCUAUGAUCAAUUAUGGAGCUGCAAGUUCAGCUCUGAGUGAGAAGAGCAAAUAUCCAUCUUUCUUUCGAACUGUACCCAGCAACCGGGACACUAUACAGCUGAUUAUUUCCAUUUUGCAACACUACAAGUGGCAUUGGGUUGCUUUCAUCACCAGCCAGGAUGCCUACAGUGAAGACGGCUUGGACCUUUUCAUAAGCAUGAUAAAGGACACUGAAAUAUGCUUAGCGUAUACAGCUAAUGUGAAGAAAAUAUCCAAUGUCCUAGAUAUGUUUAGAACAAUAGAUAAUCUUGGGGUAAAUGUUAUUGUUGUUUUUACUUUGCCGAGUGAUGCAGGGGUUGUUUUUGAAACGGCAAUAACAAAUAACAUACAAAAAAAAGUAUGGAUUUCAAGUGAUGUCUGGUCUUUAGACGAAAAACUCCCCAAACUGAAGGGAAUCGAGAAGAUCGGCACCAUAAUUGGGGUAACACUGUCAGUUGUACCAUUACCUGGUUUCGAAGAGUAUCUCUAUUUCUCAAAAGAGCAAGGACAAUGUACAGCCUGUGCACUAGACUCUUCUGAGGAGAUACUCUGUAGACAUGCUUGUGACGAAUGCACUGCUGUGGGUACAGAGGAAGUCCUUUCUAAAGACGUAUCCCACAAUUUUGCUGUUUACUCUUCCGUCUAUGCAUUGGCCAAAGCAUUACACAAUGUGUUGGAGUGCAGCAAUGAGGGAUGCAAUGACAAUGUUACAGUACACCCCUUCAUGCUUCUGAGGGAGUUACAGAAGUCAAAUUUCACGCUUUUAAACCAAAAUAUUCAAUUUGAUGUUCAUGGGGACCCAGUGUCUGCAUCAUAUGAAAUCCUGUUCUGGAAGAAUGGCUGUCAUGUAAUGUUUGGGUCUUACAAAACUUACCCAAAUUUCCAGUUCUUUAUUAACAACAGUAAAAUACAAUGGCAUACGGGCUCUGUGAGUUUUUCAUUAUUAUUUUUUUAUCACAAACAGUACAUUCUUUGUCUUCACAGUAACAGAUUCUUAUUUUUGCUUAGGUGCCUGUGUCACAGUGUUCCCCUGACUGUCAAAAGGGAUUUGUGA